AGAAACAAGGCAGCACAAAAGACAGAAAGAUAACAAAGGAAAAAUUACAGACUUGAAAAGAUUUCAAGGAGUGUUAAAUCUGAUUAGUGGAGCGCAGAGGUGUUAAAAAAAGAGAAGGAGAAGACAGUUUCAGAGAGGGGAGAAGAAGGGGGAGGGAACAAUCGAUGAGUAGGAAGGGCUGCUGGAGGAAGAGACAGAGCCACAGAAAACGAAGCACAGCAGAGAGAAGAGAGGGGGAGGCAGAGGAGCAGCGUCAGUAUCUUUCUUGCUCCCUACAGACUGAAUGCUUUCUUCCACUCAAAUUAUCAUUCUGAAAGGACUCAACAGUGUGGCAAAAGGUCCUUGAAUGAUGGACGGCUAUGCUAAAUCUUAGCCACUCAGGAUUAUCACCUGUGGGAACUUCGCUACCUUUUGGGAUUAAAAUUACAAAGCCCUACAGGGAAGGAAAGCACACCGAUAGAGCCAAGGAUCACUGACGACUGGUCUUUGUCUAGAGGAUUAAAGAUGGAAUGUGAUUGAGGAAGAAUGCAAGGGAAGAUGAUGACGAUGGUGAUGAAGAAGGGAAAUUAAAUUAUCUGCUUCAAUCAGUUAAUAUCUCACAGUCUGUGAAAGAUAAAGCUGGAGUAAGAAGGCUGUGAAUGUCCAAGAGUCAAGAGAUUAGUGUCUUUGAGUGGUCUCCAAACAUGACCUACAUCGCUGAUCUUUGGUGCAACUCUGUCCACCUUUGGAUCACAGGAAACUGAAGGGUUUGACUGGUCGAGUCCAGAAGAACAACUACACAAGCUUGUUUACUAUUUCUCUUGAAUCCUUCCCUAUAUUCUUUCUUCUCUACCUUCUCCCUUCACCGUUGUCUGGAAUAUGAAACCUGACAUGGUCUGAUAUAUGGCGCAAUGGACCAUAUCAGGACCUUUACCUUUUCCAGAGAGGUAAAGACACGAGUGAGAAAGACAUACAAUACCUGAAAAGUGGUGAGAGGAAGAUUGUUCUGGCACUGGCAUCAUUUUCAGGCGAGGAUGAAACUGGAGGCAACAGUUGAAGCACAAAGGACAAUGACGAGACAGAGCUAACCAUGAAAGAAAGCAUUGAUCUUAGUGCACUGCACUGAUGUUGCAAAGCACAUGCCCCCCAACAAAGGGGCGGGUGUGUGUUGCUUUCUGUGUUCUACAAACAGAGUUUUCUCUUUGCCUGAGUUGAGAUAGUAUCCCAAAAGCUAAAGCUCACGGAAGACUUUACACUGUCCGUCAAAGUUUGAUAAGUUCACAGACAGAAUGGUGCAAAUAAAGUCGAUCAAGUGAAGAUUGACCUUGUCAUGUCAGAAUAUGAUGGGAUGGUUUAAUGUACUCCAAGUUUUUUGUAGUUACUAUUUUGCUGCUAAGCUGGAGAGGACAGUGCUGGGAGGGAGUGGCCUCUUCCUCCCAUCAGGAUAAUGCACACAUCCCCAAUGCUGAUCUCCGUAGCCACCAUGAGCAACAUGACGGUACUUGACACUGCUGAUCCCUAUGACCUUGAUGUGACCUCCUCUGAGGCCGUCUACCCCAUCAGCUUUCAGGUUUCUCUGACAGGUUUCCUGCUUUUGGAGAUAGUUUUGGGCUUGAGCUCAAACCUCACUGUGCUCAUCCUCUACUGUAUGAAACAGAACCUCAUCAGCUCUGUGUCCAACAUAAUCACCAUGAACCUGCAUGUGGUCGAUGUGUUGGUGUGUGUAGGCUGCAUCCCACUGACAGCAGUAGUGGUGUUACUUCCUUUGGAGGCGGACACGGCCAUGAUUUGCUGUUUCCAUGAGGCCUGCAUCUCCUUUGCAAGCGUAGCUACAGCUGCUAACGUCCUAGCCAUCACUGUGGACCGCUAUGACAUCUCAGUGCGGCCGGCAAACCGCGUGCUUACAAUGGGUCGAGCUGUAGCUUUACUAGGAUCCAUCUGGGCUCUAUCCUUUUUCAGUUUCCUGGUUCCCUUCAUGGAAGUAGGGUUUUUUAUCAACUCUGGUUCUGAGGUUUUGAACCAGACUGCAGUGGUCACCGUGGCUCAUACAAAUGAGUACUACACAGAGCUAGGUUUGUACUAUCACCUGCUAGCACAGAUCCCUAUAUUCUUUUUCACAGCUGUGGUAAUGCUAGUGACAUACUACAAGAUCCUUCAGGCACUGAAUAUUCGCAUUGGUACACGCUUUCAGCACAAUCUACCUAAAAAGAAGCAAAAGAGCAAAAACACCAUCUCUUUGAGCACUGGAACGCAAGCAGAAUCGACUGAUGCUUCACAGAGCAGCACAGGAGUCAGGGCAGGUGGGAACGCACCUUUGGGCAUGCGGGCUUCAGUGUCAGUCAUUAUUGCAUUAAGACGAGCAGUAAAGCGACAUCGGGAGAGACGGGAAAGGCAGAAACGAGUCUUCAGAAUGUCUCUUCUCAUUAUCUCCACAUUUCUACUUUGCUGGACUCCAAUAACUGUGCUCAACACCAUCAUCCUCAGCACUGGGCCCAGUGAUUUAACGGUUCGCCUCCGUUUGGGCUUCCUGGUGAUGGCCUAUGGAACCACUAUCUUUCACCCACUCCUCUAUGCCUUCACUCGGCAGAAGUUCCAAAAGGUUUUGAAAAGCAAGAUGAAAAAGAGGGUGGUGUCUGUAGUAGAAGCUGACCCUACGCCAAACAACGUGGUCAUCCACAACUCGUGGAUUGACCCCAGAAGAAACAAGAAGGUCACCUUCGAGGACACAGAAGCCAGACAAAAAUGUCUAUGCUCACAUGAUGCCGAGUAAUGGGAUUAACUCAAAUGUAAAUAUGUCAAAUAUGUACAGUAAAUGGGAAGUCGUUACACUCUACUCAUAAAAGUGAAGUAGACUACUACAAGAAUUUUACAAACUGGUUACUUAGAGAGAGAAGAGAUUGCUUUUAAUGCAAAUAUAGAGGUGGAAAGUAUUUGAAAAAAAGCAUGGAAGAAAUGUGACUAUGAUGGGGGAACAUACUACAGUCAAGAAACUAAAAAGAUGUGUGCUUAAUAAUACAUAGGUGUCAUAGGCAUACAAAGAGGGUAAUUUAUUGCUAUUUAUUGUGGAAUGUUGUGGAAUGCUAUCAAGGACAAUUUGGUAAGUCUGUAUCUAAGCAGCAGUGUGUAUUGUUCACGUAAGAUGUACACUCAUAUAGUCAAUACUUUGAUAAUGUUUGUCACCAUUUGUAAUAAAUGCCAAAUG